AUGAUAUUAAAGCAAUGUUGGAUAUUGCUGCUACUGUCGUCGUCGGUUUUGUCCAUAGAAUUGAAUAUAGAGAAUGAAACUGAGUUUUGGAGCGAUAUUUUAAGCUAUGCUGAUAGUGUCGGUGUUCGACGGUCGGUACUGGCUUCACUCCUUCAAACGAAUGCAGGCCUUGCAAGCUCGGAAGGAAGGACAGGUAUAGGUGGUACCGCUGACUCCACUUCCUGGAGUGGAACGUCGUAUAGCGAUGGAAACCACACUGAGGACCACAAAACUCAUAGUCAUGGAGUCAAAGUAGCAUCGUUCAAGUUCGAUUAUGUCAAAGAACCACUAGUACUCACCAUCUUCAUAAUAGUAAUUGGAAUCUUCAAGUUGGGAUAUCAUCAUACACACAUCGUUCAGAAAAUCAUACCGGAAUCUUGCUGUCUCAUUGUCGUCGGAGUUUUCCUAGGGCUGAUCUUCAUUGGCGACGACACGCAUGAAUCUGUGAAAUUCUUGGAAUUCAACUCGAAAACGUUCUUUUUCUUUCUCCUGCCACCAAUCAUUCUUGAGUCGGCGUAUUCGCUUCGUGAUCGAGCGUUUCUUGAAAAUUUCGGUACAAUAGUUUUGUAUGCAGUUGUGGGUACUGUAUUGAACAUUGUGUUGCUUGGUGGCAGUCUAAUUGCCCUAUCGGAUCUGGGAUUGAUGAGAGGUUUCCGGAUCGAUCCUCUCGAUUGCCUCGUUUUCGCCUCCCUGAUAGCUGCUGUCGACCCAGUUGCGGUUUUGGCGAUAUUUCAAGAAGUUGGUGUAAACAAGAUGCUAUAUUUUAUGGUCUUUGGUGAAUCUUUACUAAAUGAUGCUGUGACUGUGGUCUGCUACAAUCUAGUAAUCGAAUUCAAGGAGCUUGACUCGAUUGGUUUCAUGGAU